AUGUCCCAGCUGCUGCUCGCCGCGGCGCUCCUGUGCGGACUCGGGGAUGGAUUCUCCUCACACGGCCACACGCCAGCCGCUGCUGAGGAAGGUACCACAGAAGUAAUAGUCAGAUGUCACCUCAAUCACAUACAAUGUCCUGGAACAAGAAAGUGCAUACACUUCAACAAGCUCUGUAACGGGGCCAAAGACUGUGCGGAUGGCUUUGAUGAAGGAGUUCACUGCAGAGAACUCUUGUCAGCCUGCCAUGAGCUUCGUUGCCGCUACGGCUGCAUCAUGACCAGGAACGGCACGUUCUGCUUUUGCGCAGACGGCUUCGAAGUGGGCGAGGACGGUCGUAGCUGCAGAGAUCAUGAUGAAUGUGCAGUGUAUGGGAUAUGCAGCCAAACCUGCACGAACACUUAUGGGUCGUAUCGCUGUAGCUGCACAGAUGGCUACAGACUACAGCCUAACAAACACUCCUGCAAAGCUGAACAGGAUCCCAGUGAGAGUCCGGCUGCUCUGAUGAUUGCAAGCUCAGAUAAUAUCGUAAUCACAACUCUUAAUGGAUCUGGCGUGCAGAUUUUGAAAUUCCUUGACUCAAAUGGUACCCAUUCUUUGGAUUUUAACUACAAUGAAGAAUCAGUGUGCUGGGUCACAUCUUACAGAACAACUGGACAGCUCUGGUGCGCCAAGAUGAGGAAGCCGAGUGUUUUUUCCAAAGAACGGGAAAUAAAAUCAGUACAGAGUUUUCACAGUGUUGAACAGAUGGUUAUCGACUGGCUCACAGGAAACUUCUACUUUGUGGACCGAGCGAAUGGCAGAAUAUUUGUUUGCAGCUGGAAUGGAGAGACAUGCGUUACUAUAAUAGACCUGGACUUGUUGAAUCCAAAAGGAAUAGCCGUGGAUCCUCUCACGGGGAUGCUGUUCUUUACAGAUUACGGGAAAGUGGGCAAACUGGAGCGCUGCCACAUGGAUGGCACUAACAGGACCCGGCUUGUGGAUUAUAAGGUUGAGCAGCCAACUGCAGUGGCACUGGAUGUGGUAAAGAAGCUGGUCUACUGGGCAGAUGCAUAUCUGGAUUACAUUGAGGUUGUGGAUUACAAUGGCAAGAACAGACACAACAUCAUCCAAGGAAGCCAAGUGAGCUACCUGCAUGGAUUGUCUGUCUUUGAGGACAAUUUGUAUGCAACUCGCUCUGAAUCCCUCGGUGACUCAGUGGUGGACGUUCUGCGGAUAAAUCGCUUUAAUGUCACUAACCCGGAGAUACUGACCAGAAUGGGGAACUUCAGGGCAAUACGUGUUUACCACAAACUCACUCAACCAAAAGUCAAGGGCCAUGCAUGUGAGAUUAAUUCCUACGGUAAAGCAGGUGGAUGCUCUCACCUCUGUCUGCUCAGUGGGAGCUACAAAUCUAGAAGUUGCCGCUGCCGCACUGGAUUCAGUCUAGGAAAUGAUGGCCAGUCCUGCAAAAAGCCCAAGAACGAUCUCUUUCUUUUUUACGGGAAAGGCCGACCUGGAAUAAUCCGUGGCCUGGAUAUAAACAUAAAGUCCAACAAUGAACACAUGCUCCCAGUUGAGGACUUGGUGAAUCCACGAGCACUGGACUAUCACGCUGAAACAGGAUAUAUUUACUUUGCAGACACGACAAGUUUCCUGAUAGGACGCCAAAAGACUGAUGGGAACAGCCGGGAAACUAUACUUAAAGAUGAUCUUGAUAAUGUAGAAGGUAUUUCUGUGGACUGGAUUGGAAAUAACCUGUACUGGACGAAUGAUGGCUACAAAAAGACUAUCAGUGUGGCCAGGCUGGAGAGGGCAGCUGAUACAAGGAAAACUCUGUUAGAGGGAGAAAUGUCUCACCCCAGAGCUAUCGUGGUGGAUCCACUCAAUAGCUGGAUGUACUGGACUGACUGGGAGGAGGAUGAGGUAAAUGACAGCAUCGGCAGAAUCGAGAAGGCCUGGAUGGAUGGCUCUCACCGCGAAAUAUUUGUCACCUCUAACAUGCUGUGGCCCAAUGGACUCACUCUGGACCACGGAAGCAGCACAAUGUUCUGGUGUGAUGCUUAUUACGAUCAUAUCGAGAAAAUCUACCUCAAUGGCACAGGAAGAAUGGUGGUGUACAAUGGCAAGGAGCUGAACCAUCCUUUCGGAAUUUCACACUACAGAAACACCAUCUUCUGGACCGAAUAUAUGAAUGCCUCCAUCUUUCAGCUGGAUCUACUCUCUGGGGAAGUCACACUGCUAAGAAGUGAGAGACCCCCUCUCUUUGGCCUCAGAGUGUUUGAUGCACAGAGUCAGCAAGGUGACAAUGCUUGCAGGGUGAAUUAUGGAGGCUGUGCAACCCUCUGCUUGGCUAUCCCAGGGGGCCGAGUGUGUGCCUGCGCUGACAACCAGCAUCUGGACAGGAACAAUGUCACCUGCUCAGACGUGACAGGUGAUGAAGAGCAGCAGCACUGCAGGAGUGAGCAGUUUGAGUGCAGGAAUCAGCGAUGUGUGAGAGCAGCCUGGAAAUGUGACGGAGAUGAUGACUGCCUAGAUGGCAGCGAUGAGGAUGAGCAUAUCUGCGCUAACCACAGCUGUACCAUGGACCAGUUCAAGUGUGCAAAUAAUCGCUGUAUUCCCAAGCGGUGGCUCUGUGAUGGGACCAAUGACUGUGGUGACAAUGAGGAUGAGUCCAAUAAAACAUGCUCAGCAGAACAGUGUCAGACCGGACAGUUCUCCUGUGCAAGUGGUCGCUGUAUACCCGAAUCUUGGCGCUGUGACCGUGAUGAUGAUUGCGGCGACAUGUCAGAUGAGUCCACUUCCUGUGCCUUUCCCACGUGUGAGCCGCUUACCCAGUUUAGCUGUGCAAACGGAAGGUGUAUCAGCAUCAAGUGGCGCUGUGAUUCUGAUGAUGACUGUGGGGAUAAGAGUGAUGAGGAACUGUGUGCCCGUGCCUGCUCCACUGGUCAGUUCCAGUGUUUUACUGGCAAGUGUAUUCCUGAACACUGGGCCUGUGAUGGAGACAAUGACUGCGGCGACUUCAGUGAUGAAAAUGUGACCUGUACAGGCUCUGGUGCUGUGUUGCCCCCCGUGGAAUGCAGCAGUGAGGAGUUUCACUGCCGUGCUGAUGGCACAUGUAUCCCUGAGCGUUGGCGCUGUGAUGGAGACAAAGAUUGCGAAGACAGCAGUGACGAGAGCAAUUGUCAAGGCAUCAAAAGGAUGUGCGACCCCCAAGCCAAGUUCACUUGCAAAACCUCAGGCAAGUGCAUCAGUAAGAACUGGGUUUGUGAUGGUGACAACGACUGUGAGGAUCGCUCAGACGAAGAGUCAUGCACCUCAUCCUUGUGUGACCCCCCCACACAACCCUGCGCAAAUGACACAUCCACCUGCCUUCACGCUCACCAGAUCUGCGACGGGAGGAGCGACUGCGCCGACCAAUCAGAUGAAGGCUCAUUUUGUGACAAAUGCUUACAGGCGAAUGGGGGCUGCAGUCAUCAGUGUAGUGUGGCUCCCAGCAGAGGGGUGGUGUGUUCCUGCCCAACUGGUCUCCACCUGGUGGCAGACAAUAAGACAUGUGAAGUGGUGGACUACUGCACCCGACACCUGAAGUGCAGUCAGAGGUGUGAGCAGCACAAAACCACAGUCAAGUGCUCCUGUUACCCUGGCUGGAGGCUCGGUCUGGAUGGAGAGAGCUGUCAUAGCACUGAUCCCUUUGAAGCAUUCAUUAUCUUUUCCAUCCGGCAUGAGAUCAGAAGGAUUGACCUUCACAAGCGUGACUACAGUCUGCUAGUGCCUGGGCUCAGAAACACCAUCGCUCUGGACUUUCACUUCAAUAACAGCCUGCUAUACUGGACUGACGUAGUGGAGGACAAGAUCUACAGGGGAAAGCUUUCAGACACCGGAGGUGUUACUGGGAUUGAAGUAGUAGUUCAGCAUGGUUUGGCCACUCCUGAGGGACUGGCAGUGGAUUGGAUUGCUGGAAACCUUUACUGGAUUGACAGUAACCUGGAUCAGAUUGAGGUGGCGAAGCUGAAUGGAGGAAUGAGAACAACGCUGAUUGCAGGGGGGAUGGAGCACCCUCGUGCCCUUGCUCUGGACCCAGGCCAAGGAAUUGUUUUCUGGACAGACUGGGAUGCAAACUUUCCACGGAUUGAGGCUGCAUCAAUGAGUGGAUGUGGGAGGCGUGUAGUAUUCAAGGAUAUGGAGAUUGGAGCCUGGCCAAAUGGACUAACACUGGACCACCUGGAGAGGCGCAUAAUAUGGACAGAUGCUCGCUCAGAUGCUAUUUACUCAGCCUUGUAUGAUGGCACAGAGGUCAUCGAGAUCCUACGGGGCCACGAAUACCUCUCCCACCCCUUCGCAGUCUCUGUCUUCGGAGGAAGUGUGUACUGGACUGACUGGAGGACCAAUACUCUGGCCAAGGCUAAUAAAUGGACAGGACACAAUGUCACCCUCAUACAGAAGACUAGUGCCCAGCCAUUUGACCUGCAGAUAUAUCAUCCCAACAGACAACCCCAGACCUCAAACCCCUGUGAGCAGAACAGUGGAAGAGGUCCCUGCUCACAUCUUUGCCUCAUCGAUUACAACCGCACCGCCUCAUGUGCGUGCCCACACCUCAUGAAGAUCUCACCCAACAACCAUUCCUGCGUGGCACUAAAGAGGUUUUUGCUGUAUGUGAGACGUUCUGAGAUCCGAGGGGUGGACAUUGAUAAUCCUUACAUGAACAUCAUGACUGCUUUAACGGUCCCCGACAUUGAUGAUGUCACGGUUGUGGAUUACGAUGCUCUAGAGGAACGGAUUUAUUGGGCAGAUGUGAAGACUCAAACUAUAAAGCGGGCCUUCAUCAAUGGAACAAGCCUUGAGACGGUCAUCUCUGGAGAUAUUCAGAACUGCCGUGGCCUAGCAGUAGAUUGGCUCUCAAGGAAUAUGUACUGGCUGAGCUCUGAAAAUGAAGAGACCCAGAUCAAUGUUGCUCGACUGGAUGGAGCACUUAAAACUUCAGUCAUCCAUGGAAUUGAUAAACCAAAGUGUCUGGCAGUACAUCCAGCCAAAGGGAAAAUAUACUGGACAGAUGGGAAUACGAUAAAUCUAGCAAACAUGGAUGGGAGUAACAGGAAAGUUCUUCUCCAGAACCAGAAAGAGCCAGUAGGUCUCUCAAUAGACUUUUCUGCAAGCAAGUUGUACUGGAUUAGCUCAGCUAAUGGUACGAUCAACAGAUGUAAUCUGGAUGGCAGUGGCUUUGAGGUGAUUGAAACCACGAAGAAGAAUUUAACCAAAGCCACGGCUCUUGCAGUCAUGGGUGGCAAGUUAUGGUGGGCAGAUGAUGAUUUGGCUCAGCUAGGAACAGUGGCCAAGCGAGAUGGUCGCAGCCUUGUGGCACUGCGCAAUAAGACCAACGGAGUGGUGCACAUGAAAGUGUAUGACCGAGAGGGCCAAAAAGGGAGGAACGCCUGUCAGUUGAACAAUGGCGGAUGUUCUCAACUCUGUCUCCCUACAUCGGAGAAUACUCGCAGCUGUGCGUGCACUGUGGGCUACAACCUGCGUGCCGACCGUCUCUCCUGUGAAGGCCUGAACUCCUUUUUAAUGUACUCUGUGCAUGAGGGCAUGCGUGGAAUCUCUCUGGACCCAACGGAUCAUACGGAGACAUUGAUGCCCAUCACAGGCACUUUGUUUGCUGUCGGGGUGGACUUCCAUGCCGGCAAUGACACAGUCUACUGGACAGACAUGGGCAUGAACCGUAUAUCUAGGGCCAAGAGAGACCAGACAUGGAGAGAACACAUUAUUACCACUGGCAUCAGCAGAGUGGAGGGCAUUGCUGUAGACUGGAUUGCUGAGAAUCUCUACUGGACGGACCAUGGCCUUAACCUCAUCGAAAUUGCUCGGCUGAAUGGCAUGUACCGCUCUGUGGUGAUCUCAGAGGGGCUGGACCAACCGAGAGCCAUCGCAGUGCAUCCACAGAGAGGUUACCUAUUUUGGACCGAGUGGGGGAAGAAUCCAUGCAUAGGCAGAGCACGGCUGGAUGGUUCAGAUCAGGUCACACUUGUUAGUUCUGGCAUUGCUUGGCCAAAUGGAAUUUCCAUUGACUACGAGGAAAAUAGAUUAUAUUGGUGUGACGCUCGAACUGACAAGAUAGAGAGGAUCAACCUUGAGACUGGGGAAAGCCGGGAGAUUGUACUAUCAGCCGCCAAUGUGGACCUGUUCUCUGUGGCUGUGUUUGGAGCUUACAUAUACUGGUCUGACAGAGCUCAUGCCAAUGGUUCCAUUCGCCGUGGACUAAAGAGUGAUGCCAGCGAGGCCGUGACAAUGAGGAGUGGUCUGGGUGUCAACCUGAAGGAUGUGAAAAUCUUUAAUAGAGGCCGGGAGAAAGGAUUUAUUUUGCCUCCCAUAGGGACAAACCCCUGUGCUAGAAAUAAUGGUGGCUGUCAGCAGCUUUGUUUUCACCUGGGCAGUGGCAGGAGGACGUGCUCUUGUGCUCAUGGCUACCUUGCGGAGGAUGGCUUCGCCUGUCAGAGAUAUGAAGGUUACCUACUCUACUCAGAAAGGACCAUCUUGAAAAGCAUUCACCUCUCAGACGAGAGUGAUCUCAAUUCUCCCCUCCAGCCUUUUGAAAAGCCGGAGUUUUUCAAAAACAUUGUCGCACUUGCCUUUGACUACCGUCAGCACACCUCUGACCACAACCGCAUCUUCUUCAGUGACAUCCAUUAUGGGAAUAUUCAGAUGGUAAAUGAUGACUGGUCUGGGAGGCAGAUUAUAGUGGACAAUGUGGGCUCUGUGGAGGGCCUGGCCUACCACCGUGCAUGGGACACUGUGUACUGGACCAGCUCUACUACAUCCAGUAUCAGCAGACACACAGUGGACCAGAGCAAGCAUGGAGCCUUCAGAAGGCAGCCUGUAGUCACUAUGUCUGAAGAUGACCAUCCACAUGUGCUAGUGCUGGAUGAGUGCCAAAACCUAAUGUUCUGGACUAACUGGAACGAGCAGCGGCCGAGUAUCAUGCGCUCCACGUUGGCUGGGAACAAUAUAAAAGUGGUCAUUAGUAUAGAUGUGUUCACUCCUAAUGGACUCACUAUCGAUAACAAAGCAGAGAAGCUCUACUUUUCUGAUGGGAGCCUGGGCAAAAUUGAACAUUGUGAAUAUGAUGGCUCUAAUAGACAUGUUAUUGUAAGGUCAGAGUCUGGAAUGUUUUUCGGUCUGGCAAUUCAUGGAAACUACAUCUUCUGGUCUGACUGGGCACGACGGGCCGUGCUCCGAACCAACAAGUUUACUGGAGGAGACACAAAAGUGCUGCGAGCUGACAUUCCUCACCAGCCUAUGGGAAUUGUCGCAGUGGCCAAGGACACCAAUAACUGCGAGUUGUCCCCAUGCCGGGUGCUGAAUGGCGGUUGUGGUGAUCUGUGCCUCUUGACUCCAGACGGCACAGUAAACUGCAGCUGCCGAGGAGAACGAGUCCUGCUUGAUGACAACAGAUGUGUGUCUGAAAACUCUACAUGCAGCAUCCACAGAGAGUUUGAGUGUGGAAAUGGGGAGUGCAUAGAUUACCAGCUUACCUGCGAUGGAAUCGCUCACUGCAAAGACAAGUCAGAUGAGAAAAUGCAAUACUGUGAUAACAGGAGCUGCAGAAAAGGCUAUAGACCUUGCUACAACAGGCGAUGUGUGGCAAAUAAUCAUUUUUGUGAUGGAAUUGAUGACUGCGGAGACAACUCAGAUGAAGCCUUUUGUAAUAAUUUCACAUGCUCUGCUUCUGAGUCAUCAUGCCAGGAUGGAACUUGCAUACCAAUAUCCUCUUGGUGCAACCAGGUCAUCGACUGUGCUGAUGCGUCUGAUGAAAAGAACUGCAGCAGCAACGAUUGCUCCGAGUUUUACAAAAUGGGGGUCGCAGAAAAGGGUUUCAUCAGUUGCAAUUCCACAUCCUUGUGUAUUCAUCCUUCCUGGGUGUGUGAUGGAGCCAAUGACUGCGGGGAUUAUGCAGAUGAGAUGAACUGUCAGGUAUCCCAUGGGCCCAGGUGUGAGGAGGGCCACUUCGCCUGCCCCAGUGGAAAUUGCAUCUCCAGCGUCUGGCUCUGCGAUGGUCAAAAGGACUGUGAGGAUGGAGCUGAUGAGUUCCAGUGCGAUUCUUCCUGCCUGUGGAACCAGUUUGCCUGCUCCAAGAACAAGUGUAUAGCCAAGCAGUGGCUGUGUGAUGGAGAGGACGACUGUGGGGAUGGUGUGGAUGAAAGUGAUGAUCUUUGUGGCUCUGUGACAUGUGGCCCAGGAUUGUUCAGUUGUUCAGGGUCUUAUGCUUGUGUGCCCAAACGCUGGCUCUGUGACGGAGAAAGGGAUUGUCCUGAUGGCAGUGAUGAGCUGGCAGCUGCUGGCUGUGCACCUAAUAACACAUGCGAUGAGAAUGCCUUCAGAUGCCUUAACAAGGCAUGCAUCCCCAAACGCUUUGUGUGUGAUCAUGACAACGAUUGUGGCGAUGGAUCAGAUGAGUCAGUUGAAUGUGCGUACCGCACAUGUGGGCCAGACGAGUUCCGCUGCGCUGAUGGCCGUUGCUUACUCAGUGCGCAGUGGGAGUGUGAUGGCUACCCAGACUGCCCAGACCACUCAGAUGAGCUCCCCCACAAUCUCAAAUGCCUGGCAGCCGAAAGCCUGUGUAAUGGCUCCUUUUUUAUGUGCUCCAAUGGCCGAUGUAUAUCUGAGACGAGUCUUUGUGACCAGAAAGAUGACUGUGGGGACCGCUCAGAUGAGAAAAACUGCAACAUUAAUGAGUGCCUCAAUCGGCGUGUCAGUGGCUGUACCCAGGACUGCCAGGACUUACUGGUGGGAUACAAGUGUAAGUGCUGGCCAGGAUUUCACCUGAAGAAUGAUGGGAGAAGCUGUGUCGACAUUGAUGAAUGCUCCACCACUCUUCCCUGUAGUCAAACCUGCAUCAACACUUAUGGUUCUUACAAGUGCUUGUGUGUGGAUGGUUACGAAGCCUCGAAACACAACCCUAACAGCUGCAGAUCUCUCUCUGCUGAAGAGCCCGUCCUUAUACUUGCUGAUCAUCAUGAAAUCAGAAAACUAAGUGUUGAUGGCUCUAAUUACACUCUUCUGAAACAGGGUCUCAACAAUAUAAUCAGCUUGGAUUUUGACUACAGAAAAGAGUUUAUCUACUGGGUUGACUCAAGUAGACCCAGUGGUCGAAGGAUCAACAGAAUCCGGCUAAAUGGUAGUGAUCUUAAGGUUGUUCACAGAACAGCUGUACCGAGUGCUCUGGCUGUUGACUGGAUUGGGAAGAAUUUGUACUGGUGCGAUAUAGAAAGGAAGACCUUAGAAGUGUCCAAAUCUAAUGGCCUAUAUCCUACAGUGUUACUGAGCUCUGGACUACAGAACCCCACAGACUUGGCACUUGACGCCCAAUUAGGGUAUGUGUUUUGGAUCGACUGCUGUGAGCACCCCCAUGUGGGCCGUGCUGGCAUGGAUGGUCAGGGCCAAAUUGUGAUCAUUGACAAAGAAAUCUACAGCCCCUCUGCCCUCACUAUUGACUACACAACUAAGAGGAUCUACUGGUCUGAUGACAGUCACAUUCUCUUUGCUAACAUGGAUGGCUCUCAAAGGCACAAAGUUUCUCACAGUCACAUCCAGGGUGUGAUGGGGCUGACCUUGUUUGAAGACUUCAUCUACUGGACAGAUGGCAAAUCGAAGUCUCUCCGCCGUGCUCACAAAACCUCUGGUUCCCAUGCUGUUGAGCUUCUCAAUUCCUGGCAGGCCAUUAAAUCUGUAACAGUUUAUCACCCUCUGCGCCAGCCCGAGGUGCCCAAACAUCAGUGUCAGGUGGGUAAUGGAGGUUGCAGUCACCUGUGUCUUUUGUCCCCUGGUGGAGGACACAAGUGUGCAUGCCCCACUAACUUCUACCUGGCUUCAGAUAGCAGGACCUGCCUGUCCAACUGUACAGCUAGCCAGUUUCGCUGUGGCACAGAUGAGUGUAUACCAUUCUGGUGGAAGUGUGACACAGUGGAUGACUGCGGCGAUGGUUCGGAUGAGCCUGCAGACUGCCCUGAAUUUAAAUGCCAGCCUGGGCGUUUCCAGUGUGGCACUGGUCUGUGUGCUCUUCCUCCGUUCAUCUGUGAUGGAGAGAAUGAUUGUGGAGACAACUCAGAUGAGGCCAACUGUGAUACGUAUAUCUGUCUGUCAGGUCAGUUCAAGUGCACCAGGAAGCAAAAGUGCAUUCCAUUAAACCUGCGCUGCAAUGGACAGGACGAUUGUGGAGAUGGCGAGGAUGAAACAGACUGUCCCGAGAGCACUUGUUCACCAGAGCAAUUCCAGUGUAAGGCCACCAUGCACUGCAUCUCCAAGCUGUGGGUGUGUGAUGAGGACCCAGACUGUGCUGAUGGAUCUGACGAAGCCAACUGUGAUGAAAAGACCUGUGGACCUCAUGAAUUUCGCUGUGAGAAUAACAACUGCAUCCCGGACCACUGGAGAUGUGACAGCCAAAACGACUGCGGAGACAAUUCAGACGAGGAGAACUGCAAACCGGUGACCUGUAAUCAUAAAGACUUUGCCUGUGCCAAUGGAGACUGCAUCUCCGCUCGUUUUCGCUGUGAUGGGGACUACGACUGUGCGGACAAUUCGGACGAGAAGGACUGUGAAGCCGGCUGCGCACAAGACCAGUUUCAGUGCCACAACAACCUCUGCAUUUCAGCUAAGUGGCUAUGUGAUGGCCAAGAAGACUGUAAGACAGGAGAGGAUGAAAAGAACUGCCCUGGAACAGUGCUCCCCUCUUGUUCAAUUAACGAGUAUGUGUGUGCCAGUGGAGGAUGUGUGUCAGCUAGCCUGAGGUGUGAUGGACAUGAUAACUGUCCUGAUAGCUCUGAUGAAAUGGACUGUGUAAAAGAGUGCAAAGAGGAUGAGUUCCUCUGCAGGAACCAUGCUCACUGCAUCCCAAAAAGGUGGCGUUGUGACGACGUGUUUGACUGUGUGGACCACAGUGAUGAAGAGAACUGUGACCACGGAGCAUUUUUUUGCCGUCCUGAUGAGUUUGUUUGCAACAAUACCCUCUGUAAGCUGCAUUCCUGGGUGUGCGAUGGUGAGGAUGACUGUGGCGAUAACUCUGAUGAAGAUGUUGAGUUAUGUGCUAAGCUGCCCUGCCCUCCUACAAGGCCACAUCGCUGCAGAAACGAUAGAGUGUGUUUGCGGCUUGAUCAAAUCUGUAACAAUGUGGAUGACUGCGGUGACAAUUCAGAUGAAGAGCAGUGUGAGGCUGUGUCUGCCAGACCAAAGCCGUGUGGAAAGACUGAGUUUACUUGCAGUAACAAGCACUGUAUACCUGCUCAGCUGCAGUGCGACUUAUUUGAUGAUUGUGGUGAUGGAGGAUCCGAUGAGCAUGACUGCAAGGCUUUUUUGAAUGGAGACAUAUGUGGAAAAAGGAUGAAUCCGUGUGGAGAGGAUGCAGUGUGUAACCAAACAAGUACCAAUGUCAUUUGCCAAUGUAAACCUGGAUUUCAAAGGAAUCUCAAGACUAAACGAUGUGAAGAAAUCAAUGAGUGCUUAUAUUUUGGAACUUGCUCACAUUAUUGUACAAAUACUAAAGGAUCAUACAAAUGUACAUGUGACAAAAAUUACAAGGAUAUUAAUGGCAACUGUGUAGCUAAAGGACCAGAAGAUCGAGUGCUCUACAUAGCUAAUGACACUGAAAUCCGAAGUUUUGUGUAUCCAUUUAACCAGAGCCAUGGACACAAAGUGCUCGCUCGCAUCGAGGAAAAUGCCCGCAUCAUUGGGAUGGAUGCUCUGUUGCACCAACAAAAGUUUAUCUGGGCUACCCAGUUUAAUCCGGGUGGACUUUUUUACAAAGAAAUCAUAGACAGAAGUCAAACUAAAACAAAUGAUGGAAUAAUAUGCCCAGAUUUUCGGCGGCCUAGAGAUGUGGCAGCUGAUUGGGUAACUGGAAAUAUCUACUGGACAGACCACUCAAGAAUGCACUGGUUCAGCUAUUACACAGCCCACUGGACCAAGCUGAGAUACUCCAUUAAUGUGGGCCAGCUCAAGGGACCCAACUGCACACGUCUGAUAACUGAUAUUGCAGGAGAGCCCUAUGCCAUUGCCAUCAAUCCUGUCAAAGGGAUGAUGUAUUGGUCAGUUAUUGGUGACCACUCACAUAUUGAGGAGUCAGCAAUGGAUGGCUCUAUGCGCAGAGUGCUUCUGGAUAAAAAACUCAGGAGGCCCACAGGAUUAGCACUUGAUUACUUCAGCCAACGUUUAUACUGGGCUGACGCAGAGCUCUCAGUUAUUGGGAGCGUGUGCUUGGAUGGUUCAGACCCAAGGGUGGUCAUCAACGGAAAGCAGGGGAUGUCACAGCCAUACAGAAUCAACAUUUUUGAAGAUCUUAUUUAUGGAAGUAACCUGAAACAUGACGUAUUUAGAGUUCACAAGUAUGGCAAACAACCUGUGGAGCUAUUGGAUCCAGCCAUAGAAAAAGCUACACAUGUCAUGAUUGCACAUCGUUUUAAGCAGCAAGAUGUGACUAAUCCAUGUCUAAAGAUAGCCUGUGACUUCAUGUGCCUGCUGAAUCCAACUGGAGCCAGCUGUGCCUGUCCUGAAGGAAAGACUCUGGUUAAUAGCUCAUGCGUUGAUCCCAAUGUGUCAGGCGAGCUGUGCCGGCCUGCCUGUGAGAAUGGAGGCCGCUGUGUGGCCAAUGAGAAGGGAGACUGGCGCUGUUAUUGCUGGCCUGAUUUCUCUGGGGAGCGCUGCGAAAUUAACCACUGCAUAGAUUACUGCCUAAAUGGGGGAACAUGUACAGGGUCUCCUUUAGGGAAGCCAACAUGUCGCUGUGCGGUGGGCUUCACGGGGCCUAACUGUGAGCGGCAGGUGUGUGAUAAUUAUUGUCUAAAUGGGGGAACAUGCGAUGUCAGCCAGGGAAACCAGCCAGUGUGUCGUUGUUUAGCAGAGUACACAGGUGAUCGCUGCCGUUACCACAUCUGUCACCAUUACUGUGUAAACUCCAAAGCCUGCACACUAUCUAGCUCUGGCCAUGUGGAGUGUGUGUGUCCAGCUCGAUUUGAGGGGAUCAAAUGUGACACGGACAAGUGCCUACGGUGCCAUGGUGCGCCAUGUAUUAUUGAUGGAGAGACUGGAGAUGUGACCUGCAACUGCACCAGUGGAAGAAUUGCAUCCAGCUGCCAGCUGUGUGAUGGCUACUGCUAUAAUGGAGGCACCUGUCAUCUGGACCCUGACACCAACCUGCCCUUCUGUCACUGCACAGCUGGUUUCAAGAACCAGCGCUGUGAUGAGCUGGCCAACCCCUGUGAUUACUACUGUCAGAAUGAUGGGAUAUGCACAAUAACAUCCUUUAACAAACCCCGCUGCAAGUGUUCAGCCAAUUGGUCGGGGACACAGUGUGAGCGGCCCGCCCCAAAGAGCAGCCGCUCCGACAACACGCCCGGAGGGAGCAUAGCCAUUAUUGUGCCUCUGGUCCUGCUGGUUAUUUUGAUAACAACUGUCGUGGCCGGGGUCUUCGUUUGCAGAAGGCAGCAGAGGGGCAAACGAGUACAGAGGCAACCCAUGACUAAUGGAGGCAUUAAUGUGGAAAUUGGCAAUCCAUCCUACAACAUGUACGAGGUGGAGCAUGAUAACCACAAUGAUGCAGGAAGCUUUCUUAAACCAAAUUUCACACUGGACCCACAUAAGGGAUGGUGUGUAAAAUCCAGUGAUCCUCGUACUCUGAAUAUACACUCUAUCCCUAAAGAAGUUAUACCUGGACAGCCUAUGAACUACUCCAACCCAGUAUAUGCCAAGAUAUACAUUGAUGGACAGAACUGUCGGAAGCCAGUCAUCAGCAUUGAUGAAAGGAGAGAGCUGCUCCCAAAGAAACUAGAGGGGACAAUUCGGGAAACUGCCGCAUAGCCUGACUUUACACUUUGUACUCUUUUUUUACGUGAGUGUACAAAAUGUAUAAAAUGUGGAGAAAAAAAAAGAAUUUUCUAUUUCCUAUCAGGUCCUGCUAAUGUACUUAGGUUUGCUUCUUUGUUCGGCAGCAGCGUUACCUCUCCAUGUGUGAUAAACUUUGGACUUCGUAUAUGUCCUCUCCAUUAGUUUUUUGUUGUCAUUUGUUUUAUUGCUGUUUUUUAGGGUAUAUUACAUAUACUGCACAGUAUAUUUGCAGAUUACCCAGUUUAACAAGAAAUUAACAGCAGCAAAAUUAUUCAUUCCCCUAAAAAAUGUAUUUUGCCUUACAGUGUUAACUCAGUAAUGGUGUGGGAUUUGUUUUAUGUUAUUUACUUUGCACAUUCCACCAUAGUCUUAUCACUGUCUUUAAAAAUCCUUUUUUUAUACUUAAAUUAUGCUCUGUUAAUGUGAAACUUAGUUUCACAUUUAAAUAUAUAGAAACCUACACUGGCUUUUUUCAUAUUUGUCUAUGUUUAUCCUUACAGAGGGCUACUGAUAUCCAUUGCAUUAAGACUUAAUUCAUCUCAUCUUUUCCAUGGUUAUAUGUUGUGUGCUAGUAAUGAAACUGCCCGGUCAUAUGUGUCAAUUUUCAUUCAAGUGAUUUUUGCCUUCUGUCACUGAAAACAAUGCUGCAUAUUCUAAGAUACUGUCUUUUCAUCCAGUUUAAUCACAUAACACAUUGGAGGUGAUCAAUAUCGUAAUAGACAAUUUGUAAGAGUACAUCAUUAUCUAUCUUUGACAAUUAGCCUUUUUACAAGGUAAUUUCAGCCCGGUGGAAUAGCAAUCCUUUGGCUGAACUUAAUCUAAUCUAUUCAGAUGUGUCUCUUAUACAGAAGAGACACAAAUAAUUCAUUUUGUUUGAAGGCAUAGUCAUGAACACAAACUGAAAGACACCCAAAUUUACUGACUGAUUGUUAUUGAUCAACUUCAGUGACAGUAGAAUUAGGUACCCAAUGACUGGCUCGUCAUACAGGAUGUGAUAGAGGAAUUAAUCUUACUUUACUGCUAUGUGGAGAGUGGUAUGAAUGAAAUCCCUUUGUCUGUUACUUUAUGAGAGAGACAUUACUAAGAUACAGUACAACAGAUUUUAUAAUUUUGUAUUUGAUUUAUAUGUUGUUCGGCUGCUUGUAUUUUGGAAAAAAAUGUAUUAAA